UAUCUGAUCGCACACUUUUAAUGAUUUUUCCGUCCACUGAAUUGAUAAUAUCUCGCGCGAGAACAGUACAAAUAAAACAACUGAAGUGCCCGAAGACACAGUUGAUUUUUAUAUACGAAAGUAGGCGUUGAAGCCUCAAAAAAUAUGAGAUGAAGUUCACUGGAAUUUUUAUACUGGUUGGGCCACAUCCCACCAGUCGUCUUGGUCUUACAUUCCCCAUAAUCGAAUUUACAAUCCACAUCAAUAUUCGAAUUCUCCACGCUAUCAAGUCAUCUCUCCUCGUAUUGAAACUCAGAUGAUGUAUGCUCUGAUUGUUUAUCGCAUCAAAACUUCACAGCCAUCGUACCUGUUUCCUGAGAAUGUUAAGGAAGAGUACCGGCUCACUCUUAUGAAUCGCACGAAUACCAAGUCUAUUAGCUACUCCUGCUUAUUAACAUUGUCUGAUUUCCGGUUUCCG